AAAGAGGAGAGCCUCCGCUUACCACAGCCGGGUAGAAAUGCCUGAGGAAAGCAGCGGAGCUGGCCGUGCCAGCAUUUACACAGGGAACACUUCUUGGGCAGCCAGGUGUCAUGGGGCACAGACCCACAGUUCCUGAGAAUGAACAGGUAAUUCCAUGCUCCCAGAAUGGGACAUAAAGUGGUUGUCUUCGACGUUUCUGUCAUCAGAGCCUUGUGGGAAACUCGUGUCAAGAAGCACAAAGCUUGGCAGAAGAAGGAAGCGGAAAGGCUUGAGAAGAGUGCCUUGGAGAAGAUAAAGGAGGAGUGGAACUUUGUGGCCGAAUGCAGGAGGAAGGGCAUCCCCCAGGCUGUAUACUGCAAGAAUGGCUUCAUAGACACCAGCGUGCGGCUUCUGGACAAGAUUGAAAGGAACACUCUCACAAGGCAGAGUUCACUUCCCAAGGACAGAGGCAAACGGAGCAGUGCGUUUGUGUUUGAACUUUCUGGGGAGCACUGGACGGAGCUCCCAGAUUCAUUGAAGGAGCAGACACACCUGAGAGAAUGGCACAUAAGCAAUACCCUGAUUCAAAUCAUUCCUACAUAUAUUGAGUUAUUUCAAGCGAUGAGAAUUCUGGAUCUGCCAAAAAACCAAAUCUCAUAUCUUCCAGCAGAAAUCGGUUGUUUGAAGAACCUGAAAGAGCUCAAUGUGAGUUUCAACCACCUGAAGAGCAUUCCUCCAGAAUUGGGAGACUGUGAAAAUCUAGAGAGACUGGAUUGUUCUGGAAAUCUAGAAUUAAUGGAGCUACCCUUUGAAUUAAGUAAUUUGAAGCAAGUUACAUUUGUAGAUAUCUCAGCAAACAAGUUUUCCAGUGUCCCAAUCUGUGUCCUGCGGAUGUCGAAUUUGCAGUGGUUGGAUAUCAGCAACAAUAACCUGACCGACCUGCCGCAAGAUAUAGACAGGCUAGAGGAGCUGCAGAGCUUUCUCUUGUAUAAAAACAAGUUGACCUACCUUCCCUACUCCAUGCUGAACCUGAAGAAGCUCACUCUGUUAGUCGUCAGUGGGGACCAUUUGGUGGAGCUCCCAACUGCCCUUUGUGACUCGUCCACACCUUUAAAAUUUGUAAGCCUUAUGGACAACCCUAUUGAUAAUGCCCAUUGUGAAGAUGGCAAUGAAAUAAUGGAAAGUGAACGGGAUCGCCAACAUUUUGAUAAAGAAGUUAUGAAAGCCUAUAUUGAAGACCUUAAAGAAAGAGAAUCCGUUCCCAGCUAUACCACCAAAGUGUCUUUUAGCCUUCAACUUUGAUAUCCAUCAGAAGACUGCAAAUCUCACUACUCUCUGGAGCUAUAUAUAAAUCUUUGUUAUGAUCAUGUCAUAUAGGAAGAAUGGCUUGUGCUUAAGGACAAAGUCUAGAAACCACUAUCAUAGUUGCUAAGAAAAAUGGUUUUCAAAUGUCAAAUACAUGAAUAUCUCCCUCCAUGGACUGGAGAAUUGAAAAACUGGUUUAUAUAUUGAUAUUUCCAGGUUCAUUUGCAUACAUUUGUUUCCAAAUAAUGCACAUUUAAUAUGUUUUAAAAUGUCUUAUUUUUAAGAAUUAUAACUAAAAGACCAAAUACUGAAGUUAAGUGCAUUGUUUUCAGGAAUCAAAAGAUAAAGGGGCAGGGUGUGGUGUGGCUCACACCUGUAAUCCUAGCACUUUGGGAGGCCGAAGUGGGUGGAUCACCUGAGGUCAGGAGUUCCAGACUAGUUUGGCCAACAUGGCGAAACCCCAUCUCUACUAAAAAUACAAAAAAUUAGCUGGGCAUGGUGGCAGGUGCCUGUAAUCCUAACUACUCAGGAGGCUGAGGCAGGAGAAUCACUUGAACCUGGGAGGCGGAAGUUGCAGUGAGCCGAGAUUGUGCCACUGCACUCCAGCCUGGGUGACAGAGCCAGACUCUGUC